AUGCUAUCAGUCAAGAAUUGGCUACCGCGCCAAAAACCGCUUCAUCUCCCUCACUUAGACAAGCAAAGGUUUUUUUUUCUUUCUUUUUCUCUCUGUUAUUUUCCUCCCCGUUUUGCAUCUUUUUUACGCUUUGCAAACACUUUCUCUCACGAUUUUUUUUGUUGGAUUAAUUCUUUUCUCUCUCUCUCUCUCUCUCUCUCUCUCUCUCUCUCUCUCUCUCUUCACUGUUUUUAUGGUUUUCUCCAUUUUAAACUUUUUCUUUCUUUCUUUCUUUCUUUCUUUCUUUCUUUCUUUCUUUCUUUAGUUAUUUCUCUUGUUCUUUCCUCUUUGUUUAUAUGGGUCUUAUUCCUGGAGUAUAUUCUCUCUUUUUUAAGUCGUUUUCACUCACUUCAUAUCUCUCUUUCUUUUCUUUUCUUCUGUUAUUUCUCUCUUCGUUACUUUUUUUCUUUCCUUGAUAUGAUUCAUUAUUUCUUUCUUUUCUUCUUUUCUUGUCUACAAUAUUUUUUCUCUUCUUUCCUUUUUUCUUUAAUGAUUUUCCUUCAUUCAUAUUUUUCUUCCUUAUCUUUUACUUUUUUACUUUUUGUGUUUUGCUAUCGUCUUGCUUAUUUCUUUUUAUCUUUUUGUUUCUCGUACUUAUUCUUCGCUCUUUUUUGUGGUUAUUUGCUUCUUCCUGUUUUUUUUUUUUUCAUUUAUACUUCUAUUUUCCUCCUUCUUUCUUACAUUUCUUCUACCUUUUUUUACUCCUUCUUUCAUUUCAUCUUUCUUCCUCCCAUUACUUCUGUUCUCAUUAUUCCUUCUUUUUCUCCAUUGAAAGAAUAUCUGGUUAUCACUUACAUAUCCUUUCUUACCGUAUCGCAUGAUUUCACGUUCACUUUCACUUUUACUUUCUACUUUGUUCAUUUCUAUUUUUAG